AUGUCUGUGACUAUACGCCAGGUGCCCUUUGUCUGUCGGCGUUGCCUACAAGUCUCCUGCCAACCCAGAAAAUUGCCACCAGCUCAAUACUCAACACAAGCUGGUGCACCCAAGACGGAAGACCAGCAACAAGACAAAACUGCAAAGAAAUUCGAACAAGAGAGUGAUGAAAACACUGUCGAAAAGGAACUUGGGCCUCUGGCACAACGGCUGGAAGAAGCUACAGAGGAAGCCCUCUUUACCGGUGGAAGAGCCGGACGUAGGGCCGUUGAGGAUGCCGGUUUCUCGGAAGAGCUCAAGGAAAGACUGUUGAACAAAAUUACAGAUGCAAAUUUUAAAUCUGGAAAUGCCAGUGCCUUUGCCGAGGCCGGUCUCUCACCAACAGCAGGCGAGGGAACACGGCACAUCGCCUCCGCGCAGGCGUGGACAGGAGAAGAGAGCACUGCUGAUACGGUACUUAGAAUGCUCGAUGAUGCAAAGAAACCUCUUGCCCCGGGCCUAAGGGGCAAGUUUCAACCUCCUCCGGUUGAUAUGCGACUACAGAAGCAACCGGGGCGAUCAGCUGGAGAGAAAGUGGCCAAAGCGAGGGACAAGGUGAACACCUAUGUCGGAAUGGGUGGUCAACAAGCCAAAAAUGGUAUGAGUGAAGACGAAAAAGAGGCCUGGAGAAAAGAGUUGAGGGAGAGGUUUGAGCCUGGAGCCCGAGCGUUACCAAACUCUAUCACGGGUCUUGCAGCACUGGCGAAUGAGCGUAUCGAGAACGCUAUUGCGAGAGGACAGUUCAAGAAUAUUCCCCGCGGAAAGGGAGUUGAGCGUGAUGCUCGCGCCGAUAACCCCUUUAUCGAUACGACGGAGUAUAUCAUGAACAAAAUGAUUCAAAGACAGGAUAUUGUUCCACCCUGGAUAGAGAAACAGCAGGAGCUUGCUAAAGAGCUAGGUAUUUUUAGAGCCCGACUACGGAACGACUGGCGACGAUUUGCAGCGAGGAUGAUCGCUUCACGGGGAGGAUCAUUGCAGGAGCAGAUUCGAAGAGCGGAAGAAUACGCUGUAGCAGAAGAGGUGCACAACCCAAUUAUACGAAAGAACGCUGAUGGGCAAGUGGAAGAGAUCAAGGCUGCCUCGCCAAUUGUUGGGCGGCCGUUUCGAGAUUCAGCAUGGGAGCAAAUCGAAGCGGCAUAUCUCAAGCUGUCGAUUGAGCGUCUUAAUGCCCUGACACGAAGCUAUAACCUGAUGGCGCCGGAUCUAGCAAAGAAGCCGUACUUUUCACUCGAGCGAGAACUCAAAUCGUGCUUUGCUGAAGUUGCGCCUACAGUGGCUCGUGAGAUUCAGGAGCGUGCGACGGGCGGAAAAGCUAGAAGCCUAGGAGGAGGGGGGCAAACGGGCAAACAGAAGGGUUUGUUAGAGACAUUGACUGGAGGCGACGAUGUCAAGGUCCAUGUUGAAGCACAGGAGAAAGCAUAUGGGCUAAAGGAGUGGUGGAGAGACAUGUGGAAGAAGAAUUGA